GGUGUGGGCCAGGCUUUUGGAGAGACGGGUGCUUACAGUCUGAAUUGAUACAGUUCCAUCUCAACAAGAGCUUGAAAAACGGAGGAAAGAUGCACACGAAGACGUCAACCUCGGUUGCGGAACCAGAGCAGUUACCAGAACCCGCAGAGCCGAUCCCUACGCAGAACCAGGAAAUGCAGGAUGAAAUCGAGAGACUGGUGGAGGAAAAUGAGGACCUCAAGUGUGAUAUUGAAGAAAUGCGCACGGAAAUGGAUGAAAUGCGAGACACAUUUUACGAGGAGGAUGCUUGUCAGCUGCAAGACAUGAGACGCGAGCUGGAGAGAGCCAAUAAGAACUGCAGGAUCCUCCAGUACCGCUUGCGGAAGGCGGAGAGAAAGCGGCUCCGUUACGCACAAACCGGUGAAAUAGAUGGCGAUCUCCUCAGGAGCUUGGAGCAGGACUUAAAGGUGGCAAAGGAUGUAUCUGUGAGACUGCACAAUGAGCUGGAGAAUGUGGAGGAGAAACGGACAAAAACAGAGGAGGAGAACGAGCGACUCAGGCAGCAACUCAUCGAAGUGGAAGUCACCAAGCAGGCCUUACAGAAUGAACUGGACAAGGCCAAAGAGCUUAAACGCAAAGGGGGAAAAGAUAAACAAACAGCUGAUAAGAGGACUCCACAUACACCAACAGAGGAGGAAAAUGAAGAUCUGAAGUGUCAACUAGCCUUCAUCAAGGAGGAAGCUGUCCUGAUGAGAAAGAAGAUGGCGAAGAUCGACAAAGAGAAGGACCGUCUGGAGCAAGAGCUGCAGAAGUACCGCUCCUUCUACGGAGACGUGGACAGCCCUCUGCCCAAAGGCGAGGCCGGGGGGCCUCCGACCACCCGGGAGUCCGAACUGAAACUGCGCCUCCGUCUGGUGGAGGAGGAGGCCAACAUCCUGGGGCGCAAGAUCGUGGAGCUAGAGGUGGAGAACCGCGGCCUGAAGGCCGAGCUGGAGAACAUGCGCGGGGAGGAGCUGGGCGCGGGGGGCCUGGCCGACCCGGUCAUGCGCGAGCAGAGCGAGGCGCUGUCCGAACUCCGUCAGCAGCUCCAGCUGGUGGAGGACGAGGCCGAGCUGCUGCGACGCAACCUGGCCGACAUGGAGGAGCAGAACCAGCGUGUGACCACCGAGCUCAACAAGCUCAAGUACAAGGCCGGCUCGCACGAGAGCUCCCGCCACGGGGCGGCCGGCGGAGGGGCGGCAGCGUCCGCCGCAGAUGCGGCGAAGUUGGAGGCUCUGCAGGAGGAGCUGAAAUCAGCCCGGCUGCAGAUCAAUGAGCUGAGUGGCAAGGUGAUGCAGCUGCAGUACGAGAACCGCGUGCUGCUGUCCAACAUGCAGCGCUACGACCUCGCCUCACACCUGGGGGUCCGCGCCAGCCCGCGGGACAGCGAUGCCGAUAGCGACAGUGGCCGCCGCGAGAGUGACGACGACUCGUCACGCCUGCCGCCGCACCGCAAGCGUGAGGGCCCCAUCGGCGGCGAGAGCGACUCGGAGGAGGUACGCAACAUCCGCUGCCUCACUCCCACACGCUCCCUCUACUCACCCGAGAGCCGUUUUUUAGCCCGCAGCCUCAAGGACCGCCAGCAGAUGAUGGACAUCCGCUUGGAAGCAGAGAGGCUCAGCAGGACCAUCGACCGGCUCAUCGCAGACACCAGCACCAUCAUCGCUGAGGCCCGCGUUUACGUGACCAAUGGAGACCUGUUCGGACGCAUGGAUGAGGAUGAUGACGGCAGCCGCAUCCGCGAACACGAGCUGCUGUACCGCAUCAAUGCCCAGAUGAAGGCCUUCAGGAAGGAGCUCCAGAACUUCAUCGAUCGCUUGGAGGUGCCGAAGCCAGAGGACAGGGAAGCAGAAGAGCCCCUGUCUAUGUGGAAUGCGUUUGGAAAUGGGUCAGGGUUGCACGGAGGUGGCAGUGGAUAUGUGGGCAAAGCACAAGGUUGGGAAUUCGUCCCGUGCUCCAGGUUGGAGAGAGAGAGGAGCAGGGGCAAGAGUCCGCUCAGGACUCUCUCACCGUCGGUUCCCGUCGGUCAUUUUUUCGAACAGCCCAUUCCUGGACUCGGAGCGGUCGGGGCAUCCGAUUCUACUCGGGGGCAGGUCCCCCGGAAUGAGUUACAGACUCAACAUACUCGCCUGAAAAAGAAAAUUGAGGACUUAAAAAAGCGGCAUGGGCAGGACAAAGAAGAAUGGAUGAGGGAGAAGGAAGUACUUUUGAGGCAAAUGGCUGAUAUACAACAGGGAGGGGAAAACAGAAGAAUUUUGUUGGAUCUGAAGUCGAUUUUGGAUGAAGUUCAGCUUGAAGUGAAGAAAGAAGAAACGAAACGGAGCGAGCUGCAGUUGCAGUACAUGAAGGACCGAUGCGCAUGGGAGCUAGAGCGAGCAGACCUGAAAUGCCGUAUCGUGCAGUUGGAAGUUAAGGAGCACGGCUCUUCAGCGGAGGCGCCGACGGCGAAGACUAACGAGGAGCCCGGCGGCGGCGGCGACGACGGCGGCAGCACACUUCGGCGGGAGCAGCAGGAGCAGAAGAGGCUGCUGGCCGACACGCACACGGUCGCCAUGGACCUGCGCUGCCGCCUGGAGCACAACGAGCGCGGCUGGCUGCGUGAACGCUCCGAGCUGCUGGAGCGCUUCGACCUGGAGAGGAAGGAAUGGGAGAGCCAGCUCAGGGACAUGCAGAGGAAGAUUGAGGAGUUGUACAGUGAGGUGAAGUCCCGCCGGGAGCCAGGUGAAGUUGGGCCAAACGCUGAGGCGCACAGCUCAGCCCGACUCAGCCUGCAGUCGGCCAGCACAGGCUCCAGCGUCCUCACCGACCCCUCCGAUGUGCACAGCAGUAGCUACUCCGACUCGACGCAUCCGCACAGCCAGAGCCGCGGGGGUGGCGGUGGCGACCUGUCAGGUCGCCUUAGCAACAGCCGCAACAACAAUAACAGCAGCAGCAGUAGCAGUAGCAACAGCAGGGGGGACAGAGGGACACAGAGAAGCGCUCAUGGUGCGGCCAAGGCUGGUGACUGGCGUGCAGCCACAUCCGUGGAGCGGCCCGCGAUUGACAUGGGCAUUGACACGGGUGAGCUGGAGGGCAUCUUGCAGGGCUGUCUGGGACAGAGGCUGGACAGACACGCCUCCCUGGCUGGGAAGGAGGGCUUCCUUAACCCCUUCAGUGACCUGCAGAGCAUGGAGAUCCGUUGCGGGACCGAGAAGAAAAAGAACACUAUCGCCUUGAAUGCUGCUCUCAAAGAAAUAGCCAGAGUGAGUGAAGAGUUGUGCAGCUACCAGGAUGAGAUCAGGAGGAAGUCUGAUGUGAAAAGAAGCCACACUGAAUCGCUGUACUUUCCGGAGGACAUGGAGAGGAUGGAGAAUGAGAGGAACAAAAUGGAAAUGGAUGAAACCUUCUUUAGUCUUAACCAGUGGUGUAAAGAACUAGAGGAUAUUGAUGAACAGAGUUGGAUUAGUCCCAAAGCCGCUAUCAAGGAGACAAGCAUAAUAGAACCAGAAAUCAGCAUCCCCCCGAUGAAAUCACCUGAAGCCCCACCGAUUCCACCUCGUAGCACGUCCUGGUACAUGAACAGUCCCCCUCCGCUAGAACCGGAGUUCAGUGUUCCAGAACCCCACAUGGAGAGGAAGUGUCCUAGUCCAUGUAUCCAUUUGGACAGGAAGUGCAACAGCCCCUCCAUAGUGCGCAAGUUUGAGGCAAUGCUGCAGGAGAAUGAGGGGAAGAUCUUGACAGAAUCUGGGAUCAUCCCAUGCGCAGUGCCUGCAGAUUCCAAGUGCAAUAUCAGUUGCUGCCACAGCCGGUGGUCCUGCGAUGGAAGCAGGUUUGGCAGCAGCAAGUCGUCCACAUACGUGCCUGUCCAGAAAUGCCUGUCAGAGCUAAACAUACCGUCAACGGGAGUGGACUACCGCCAAGACCACAAAGCGGCCGGGACCCAAAAAGGCCCUGGGGAACAUCUCAGCCCACUGGGCCCAGAUCUCCCUGGAAAGGGCAUCCACAGGGACAUAAGGCUGCCCACUUUAGACAUACUCCCCACCCAGGGCAGUGCCUUAGCCCCUCGCAGGAAUGUGACACUGGAGCAGAAGACCGCCGAGUUCAACCGGACCCUCUUCCAGGCCGAGAGGGGCCGGGGCUUUGGUAACAAGGACGGCCCCAACCCCACAGACAUGACCGCGAGUCCUACCCCACAGCAGCAGCCAAAGGUCAAACCCAGGGAGGUGAAUGUUGACAUUAUGCCACCGCCGCAUGACACGGAGGUCAAACCCAAAGACGGGCCAAUAACAACAGAACGCCACAGUGAGGUGAAAUAUCACAAGUCACAUUAUGCAGAGGUGGAGCUUGAGGAGGCAGCGUUUGAGCCAGUGCAGUACCACGAAGCCACCCUAAAGCAGGUGGCUUCAGAGCUCCAGCCGCAGCACCCUGUGGUGAGAGUCAGGGACAUGAUUCACCCCUCGACUCGAAACCCACCUGAGAUCAAGCCGAGGUCUGCGGUGCUUGAACGCCCGACAGAGGGCACGCAUGAGAGAGAAGUGAAUUCUCUUCUCUCUCCUGAGCCGAGUGUGACCACCAUGACACAGUUUAGUGUGACUGUGACCCCCGUCCAGUCCAGAAACAAGGUGGAGGCGCCCAGCGCCGGGUCAGCAGGGGCGGCCCAACGCCCCUCGGAGACCAGGCCCAAGCCCGCGGAGAGCGUCAAGCCGGAGGUGUCCAAAACCAGGUCGCGGAUCCUGAUAGAAAAUCCCUGGAAGCCCACCACCUUAGCCGCGUACCCCCGGCCCGUGGACUCCAGGUCCAAUUACGGCGCCAUCGAGCGGAUUUUGAAGAGCUACGAGUGCUCGUCACAGACUCAGACGGUGCCGGCCACGCCUACGCCCAGCCCCGGGAAGGAAGACGACCUCAUCGAGCUCAUGGACAUGCUGGACAUGGAGCAUCACGCCAGGUCCGGUCAGAGACUUACAUACACAACGCAAAGACAGGCAACUACGCACAAAGAGACACAUGUGACAGUACAGAAAAGCAGAGAGUUCGGCGUGACCUCCAGGAAGAGUUUCUCCCGGCCGGCGUGCCCCGCCAACCGCCGACUCCCUUCUCGCUGGGCGAGUCGCUCUCCGUCUGCCUCGUCCACAUCUUCCUCCUCCACCUCACCUUCGCCGAUCACCCAGCUGUCUGUAGUGUCCACUCAGAAGCAGACCGUCUCCUACGCCGCCUUCCACACUGAGACGGUCAUCAUCUGAUUCAAACUGCUGAAAACAAACAUGCAAACAAAGAGAGCCCAAGCACUGAGCAAGGAGCUUUCCAAAAACUCUAAAUGCAACUCUUUGCCCCCCUUCCCUGCCUACCUUUGUAUAUAAGGCCGAGCAAAGACUAUUACUGCAACGCUAUGGAAAUGACUCCUUCAGGAAUGCCUCUGUAUCGAACGAGCUGUCGCACCUGACAUGAUUUUUGUUUCUUUUUACAAAAAACAGUUUUUAAAUAGAUUCCUGUGUAUUUUUGUCUUAUUUUAAUUCAAUUAAUGUUUCCUAUUCAUUGCAUUUACCAAAGGCUUGUAAUUACAAACAUUAAUGUUACAUCAACCUUUUUUCUUUCAGUGUUAGGUUUAUUUGUGACAGACCUGCUGUGUAUUUUCCCAGUGGCUCAGUUAGACUCCAGCCCUUUGUGGGGCGCUGUGACUGUGUUUAAGACUAUCUGCAGUUUCUGUGAUCUGUGUUAAAGCCUUUUCAAUGACGCCUUCUUUUAUGAACUCUUCCCAGAGUGGUGUCCGUAAGACACAGUAAUUGAAUAGUAAUGGCCUACAUGCUCAGUAAAUAUUGUGAAACAUACAGAAGUGAUGCCUUUGCAACCCUUUUAUGGUAAUAAAUAUUUCAAAUGC